UGGGAAGCAGAGGCACGUGCCAUGGGGACAGUAGGGGGUGAUAGUAAAUGAGUGGGAGGAACAGCAGGUUCCACAGAAGAGAGGUGACUUUACCCAUAGGGAUUUGACAGUUGGUUUAGUCCGUUGGUUGGCUCUGGGUUAAGUGUAUAUUCCCUCUGGGGUUAUUUGACAAAUAACUUUUACUACAAUAAAAAAUAAAGGGACCAGGACCUGACAAAGCUCAAGUUUAGGGGACAAUAGAUCUCUGCCUUCCUCUGUAUUAUAUAGGAAAUAUUAAGCGCUAAAUUCAUUAACUUGCCUUUUUAUUCUCUUUUCUAUACAGAUUGCUACAGAGCUUUUCCUGCUUUUUUUGGACUGAUUUUGCUGCUACACCUGCCUGAUAACACCUGGGUUUAUUUUUGGCUUCUCCAUUGUUCAGUCACAUCCAUCUUCAUCUGAACAGUGUAAGAGAGAGCCAGGGGUUCCUUAGGGAGACCCCCUUGGGGUGCCCCGGCCUUGUGCCGCCCCCAAUUUUUUUUAACAUCAGAGAAUCUUCUUGAAGAGGUGUCGACGAUGGAGGAGAUAACGAUCAAGACAUCUCUCCUGCCGCUGUACGUCGUCCUGGAGGACUUCAGGGAGGAAGACACCGACUUUAAGGCCCUUGCCUCUUAUUACGAACAUCACUACCGGGUCCACUACGGCAAGAACGUCGUCCUAGAGGACUUUAUUCUUCGAUAUUUCAGCGACCCGAGGACGACGCACAGAGACAACAUUUAUGAGUACUGGGUGUUGAUCCAUUAUCUGGAAGUGCUCGAGAGGGAGUGUGUCGCCCUCUACAGUGAAGAGUUGCUGCCUCCUGAAGCAUCAUCGGAACACUGGAGAUGGGGGCAGCAUGUCGAGUAUCUGCGGCUGCAGAAUACUAUCCAAUGGCACCUUCACCAGCUUGCCAUGACGCUCUGGGAGAGGGAGCAGAAGCUGCAGGAGGCUGCUGGGUAUGUAUUUUGCACUAAAUACUUUCAAUUACGUUUACUGCCACUUUACAAUAAUGACAAUAAUGACAUUUAUUUCCCUUCAAAUCUAGUGAUGAACAAAAGCCAAGUCCUGCAGCUGAGGGAGAGGAGGAAGGAGCUCAUGCAGUGGAGGAGGAGAAGGAAGAGGGAGCUCCUGGAGUACAACAAGCUCCUGCUGCGGAGGAGAGAGAAGAUGGAGCUCCUGGAGAAGAACAAGCUCCUGCAGCGGAGGAGGAAGAGCAGAGAGAAGAGGGAGCUCCUGGAGAACAAGCUCCUGCUGCGGAGGAGAGAGAGGACAGAGCUACUGGAGAAGAACAAGCUCUUGCUGCGGAGGAGGAGAAGGAGGAGGAGAGAGAAGAGGGAGCUCCUGGAGAAGAACAAGCUCCUGCAGUGGAGGAGGAAGAGCAGAGAGAAGAGGGAGUUCCUGGAGAACAAGCUCCUGCUGCGGAGGAGAGAGAGGACAGAGCUACUGGAGAAGAACAAGCUCUUGCUGCGGAGGAGGAGGAGAAGGAGGAGGAGAGAGAAGAGGGAGCUCCUGGAGAAAAACAAGCUCCUGCAGCGGAGGAGGAAGAGCAGAGAGAAGAGGGAGCUCCUGGACAACAUCAAGCUCCUGCUGCGGAAGAGGAGGAGCAGAGAGAAGAGGGAGCUCCUGGACAACAUCAAUCUCCUACGGAGGAGGAGGAGAGAGAAGAGGGAGACCCUUGGGAACAACAGGCUCCUGCACCGGAGGAGGAGAAAGAAGAGGAAGCAGCUAAAGAACAAGCUCCUGAGGUGGAAGUGACCAUCGAAGAUCCUUCGGUGGUAGAAAGGCCGACCCUCCGAAAACGGGUCAAGAAGGCCAUAAUGAAGAGGCUCCGCAGGGUUUGGCAUUCCACCCAAAGACUCACCUGCUGCCGCCGACCCACCACCACGGCCUAAAUCCUUUCCUUCCAACCUACCUAUCCCGAGAGCGUAU